AUGGCGACUUCAGCUGAACACGCCACCCAGCUUCCUUCGUCCUCGACCUUCUCCUUCAGCGCACCGUUCCCGCUUCCGAAACCCGCGUCUGCGUCCUCCGCGCCCCAGCCCAAGCAGCGCCGUGUUUCGCUUGCAUUGCCAUCCUCGCCCCGUCUGUUCCCCGCAUUCCACUUCCGCGACGACACGGGCGUCGGUGUCCACUCAGGAGAGUCAUCGUCGAGCCUUGGUCCCGAGAAGAAGGGCAAGAUGAGAAGAAUCGAAACCGACCCUCUAGAGGAGGAGGUUGUUCAAAUGUCUGGGCUGUCCGAGAAGAAGAUGAGGAAGAAGUGGACAACGGAGGAGACCCAGAUGCUUGUUGACGGCUGCAACAAGUUCGACGGUCGCUCGCCCGUGGAUCUGAAAGACAGAUUCCGCACCUAUUUUCCCGACGCGUACAAGCAACAUUAUCCAAACGCGAAGACGCAUUUGUCCUCCAAGAUUCGCUCCGCCCUACCCGACGGUAGCUCGAUCUUCGAGAAGACGCGCAGCAAGAAGCGUAGACCCUUCACCGAGGAGGAGGAUCGCGCUCUCAAGGCUGGUUACGACAAGCAUGGCACCGUUUGGGCCACCAUUGUGAAGGACCCUAUCUUCCAGGAGCAGAACCGACGGUCUACCGACCUCCGUGACCGCUUCCGGAAUGCGUUCCCCGACCUGUACGAGGCGGCAGGAUACAAACCACGCGCAUCGGCGAAGAAGAGGAGAGGAGAUAUGCCUCAGCCCGUGCGAGCGGCAACUGAUGAUCAACUCGUCUCAACCAGCUCGACUGGCCCUGUCAGGAAGAGGCGCCAUACCACUCAGGGCCUGUUCCGCGGUGGAACGAAGAGCCUCGGAUGGGAGGAGGAAAUGACAAGCUCCGUCGCGCAGGAAGGCCUCCGCACAUCGCCGCCCGAAGAUGGCUACCCGGGCGAAGUCGAUAUGCAAGCUGACACUAUGGCAGACUCGUCGGAUAUCCAAGAUUAUAUGCCGAAUUCCGAGCUGUCUGAAAUCACGGAUUCGUCGCAGUCGCAGGCCUGGGCGUCUGGACUCGACACACCCUUGCACUCAGGCCCAUGGUCCUCUGCGACCAAUGCGGCGUCACCGACAUCCUCCCAUCUUUCAUCUGACUAUUUCGUGACUCAAUCUCCUUUCCACCGGCGGCCAGACGGUGCGCAGAUCAUGAUCGGCAAAUCCGCCUGGGGUCCCCAAGACUGGCUUUCAGCCAACCCACGCCUCGACCCCUCCGCUGCCCAUAGUAGCAACUCGUCUUUCCUUGGCGGCGUCUCCCCCACUCCUUCGUCUCCCUUCUCCUUUGCGCACCUCAACCACGGCGUGCUUGACCGCUACGACUUAUUCCCACCGUCGCUUGCGCACGACUUCGCCGCGGGCCUUGGGCUUUCGGGCAUGCAACAACCUCACGGGCUCCCUAUGCAUGCGCAUACGCCUGCACUGCCAGGAAUCGACGAGAUCGAGCUCACGAUGGACCUCAGCGCAUUCAGCUUGCCUUCGCAAUCGCUCGAGCUCGACGAGAUCGUCGGGCUGUCGCUGCCGCAGGAGUUCAAUGCUACGCCGCCGGGCACGCCGCAGACGACGUCGCGGUCCAUUCGAUCUCAUGCCAACGCACACUAUACUCGUCCCACAACCACGCAGCUGCUCAAGUCCAGGCCUCUGCAGCCACCGCCACGGUCAAUGUCCUUCAUGGAUGACAUGCCUGUCCAUGGACCGGAGGUCGUUGACAUGGCUCUCCAGCAGGCGCAAGCGUAUCAGCCGGGACCAUCCUAUCAGCCUGACGGGUGGCGGCCUCAGGGGGAUAUGUACGAUCUGCCCUUCCUGGAUCUGCACUACUACACGUCGUCCAGCCACAAUCCUGCAAUCACCGGGCUUGAUGGAGACGGUGCUGCACAAGGCACUCUGAAGCCAGACGUGGACCUUGCCCGUCAAGGCCAAGCGCUGGAUCUUGCGGAGACGUACGCCUCUUCGAGGCCGUUGGGUGUCAUGCCGUCGCUCACGCAGCAGAUGUCGUUGAUGUCGCAUAGCGCGAGCACGCCUCCAGUGGCGAAUCGCAUGGUCCCUAUGCAUCAUCGUGGGCUGAGUGCGGUCUCCCCGCAGGACCUCCUACUCCGGAAGAGUAACGACAACAAGCGCAAGCGGUCCAGCUGGGAUGGCGGCGUGCACUGA